AUGAUUUCACGACUUAUCGAAGAUACAAUCAUUCUUGAGACGAUCGAACAUUCGACAAGAAAACGGCAGCUGCACUGUUCCCUCCUGUCUCAGUCUGGGAAGAUGGUUGAUAUGGCGUUGAAAGUGCUCGACGAUUACCAUGUUAUGGAAAACUUAUACAUGGAUCCAAAGUAUAUGUACAUCUGCGAGAGCUUCCUGGGCUUGCUGAACGCCCUUUUGAGCUGGAUUCCUGCUAACGACCUAGAACCGAAGGUGCAACUGAUAUUCCGUAUCCUCUGCUCGUGCCUGAACUGCAACCUGAUCUCGAUUAAGAGCUCAGGCAUCGAUUGCAUGUACCAGAUUUUGUUGCGAAAGGGGUCAAAAAAGGAAGUGGAAGUGUUGUUCAACUUUUUCCAUCUCGACUUCAUGAACAACAUUUUGACAGCCGUAGAGUAA